AGCAGCAGCAGAGAGAGCCAGCUGAUUCUCAUGCCUGCUGCCUCCUCCCUCUCUCCAUCCCUCCAUCCCUCCCUCCUUCCUCACUCUCUCCAACUCACACAUCCACACCCAAGGAUACCCUCACUGCUCCACCGCCACUGUUUCCCACACUCAGUUUUUUUUUCCUCUUUUUCCCCCCUCUUUCUGCCUCCACCCUCUCCAACUACCAACACACACACAUACAUAAUUUUUGGUUUUUACCGCUCCCUCGGUGGAGGAAAUGCUGGUCUGACCCUGUUGCUGAGACUUCUUCGGAUUUCUCCGUCCUUUUCUCUCCUACUUUUGCUGCUACCUGUGGAGGUUUCCGUCGGUCCAGCCGUCUGAACAGAGCGCAGAGAGAGGCAGCCAUGCUGGGUCUGGACGUGUGUGAGUUCGGGGGUCAGGUGCUGGAGCUGCUCUGGUUGACCAUGUGCUACAAAGGUCUACUGGCUGACAAGAGUAAUUUGGCCAUCGAGGAGGAAGAUGAGGACAAAAACCUGAACUACAAUCCCCCGGCUCAGAAGUCGCUGCAGGAGAUCCAGGCAAUGGACAAAGAUGAUGAAAGUCUGGUGAAGUACAAGCAGACCCUGCUGGGACCAGAGGCAAUGAGUCCAGACCCGACUGAGCCCAACGUCAGAGUGACCAGACUCAUCCUGUUGUGUGACGAUGCUCCUGAACCAAUCACCAUGGACCUCACAGGAGAGCUGAGUGCUCUGAGGGAGACCAGCUUCACCUUACAGGAAGGAGCCAAAUACAGGCUGAAGGUUCACUUCAAGGUGAACAGAGAUAUUGUUUCUGGCCUGAAGUAUCGUCAAGUGACCUACAAGAAAGGAGUACGAAAGAUCACCACAGUGUGCAUGAUGGGAAGCUACGGCCCGCGAGCAGAAGAGCAGGAGUUCCUGUGUCCCGCUGACGAGGCGCCUAAGGGGAUCAUGUCCCGAGGUCAAUAUGCGGUCACGUCCUGCUUCACCGAUGACGACAAGAACGUCUACCUAUCUUGGGAAUGGAUCCUCAACAUCAGCAAGGAUGGGAAUUAACAGGGGGAGUGUGAGGAUGAUGAUGCUGAAUGCUUUUCCUUCUUCCUCUCCUGCUUUUUAUUUAUUAUAUCCUGCCACUGUGUCAUCUUCUUCCUUUCUAUAAUCGCGCUUGCUGAGACAGGAAGUCCUGUUUGCAGGUGUCUUCCCACAUUUUCUUUACACUUUCUUCUUUUCUAGGUUAUCUCCAUAAAUCCUAAUGUGGUUUAUGCUUCUUAUUAACAAGAUUGCUUUCUCCUUUUUGCCUUAUCUUGUCAUGUGGCCUAUUACAGAAAGUCAGUUCGGUCAGUUUUAAGCACAUAAGGAAACAUGGCAGAAGGAUAUUUAACAUGGGAUGGUGUAAAACUAUAGAAGCUGCAGGUACCUGCAAGAUCUGUUUGUUCUGAUUUGCUGAAACAUUGUUUUUGGGACAGUCAAGGUAGUGCAAAACACUGACAGGAAGGCGAACACACUGCUUAAAACUGGGGAGCUGAUCCAACAAAAUCCUCUUGGACACCAAGGAGGAACUCUGGACAGUAAUUAAUGUCCAGCUUCAGAUGGUUGGCCACGGCUCAUGGAUUCAGUAAAACGUCCACCUCAGAUAAUAACAACAUCACCCCCAGUGCCAAACCCAAAUGCGUGCACUCAAUGAUUGCAGGAAAAAGACGUUAAGCUAUUAAUUGCUUUGUGAAUCAUCGACCCGUUUUACAUUUAACCGCAAAAAAGGAAAAGAGUUACAGUGAUAUUUUCUGUGAUCAUGUUUCUUCACGUGUCUUUUAUCUGGUGUACAUAGAGUCUUUGAUAGGGUUUGAUUGGUGUGUCAAGAGUUAUGGUCAGAAGAAAAAGUUUGUCUGAGUUAUUUUUGUUUGACUCCAUGUUUUUGUGAUGUAAAAAUAAUGACUUCCAAAUCUUUUUUUUUUUGUUUGUUUCUUUUUUUAACUGCAGAAGGUCUGAGAUUUUCUCAGUGGCAACAAACAAGCAUUUCCUAGAAGAAGUGGUUUGAUUUGGAUGCAAUAGUAGAAAAAGAUAACAAAUGUACACUUUAUAUGCGUAAUGAACACACAUUUUAUGGUGGGAAAGUACAAAUGAAAAUUAAAAACAGUGGGUGGAUCAAUCAAUUAAUUAGAAAUUAACUCAUCUAUGACUCAUUUUCACUGUGAGUCAGUGGAACCGAACUAGUUAAAAGUGUGAUAGAACCAGGGCGUGCUGUGGUGGCAUAGGGUAUAGCACAACCCACAUUUGGAGGCCUUCAGUCCUCGACACGGCGGACGCGGGUUCGAUUCCCGGACCCGGCGGACAUUUUCCGCAUGUCUUUCCCCCCUUCAUUCCCUCUUCCUGUCAGCCUACUUUCAAAUAAGGGACACUAGAGCCCACAAAAAGACCCCCUGGAGGGAGAAAAAAAAAAACAGGACAUCUAACAUAAGCUGUUUCCGUAACCCUGGUACCCCACCCAACACCUUUGUGGUAAAGAUGGAAAUCAGCAAAUAUGUUUUCUUUGCCAGGAGCUGGUAGAAGCACAUAUUCUCUACUCUAAUUGUAUUUUUCGACUGGACUUUAAUUCACACUGUCAGAGUAACCGGGGACGUUCUGAAAUCUAUCAUGCUAAAACAUGAAAAGUUUCAAGGGGUAUGAAUCGUCAUCCAAGCAUCGUCCAUAUAGUGAACAUUAUAGAAAUUUAAAACCUUUUAUUUCCACCCUACAAAGACAAGUAUUAGACUAUUUCCGACUUCCUAAGUCAUCUAACACCAAGCUAAACACUGUGAAGCUCCUCAUCCCAUACAUGUGUGCUGCCAAUAACACCAGAGCAAAGACAGCUGUGUUGAAACGCACUUUAAUGACUUUUGAACUCUUGUAGUUUCAUAACUUUCCGUCACUCUGGGGUUCUAAGUUUUUGUUGUCAAAAGAAUAUGAUCAAAAAGCAUAGAUGUUUCUAACCAAUAUAAUGAAUUGCAGUUUAAAGGGCAAGUAUCAUAUUAGUAUAGAACCAAAAAUCAUUUAAAAAAAUUACUUUAUAAUUAUUUUCAAAUUUAAAAAAUGAGUUUUCUGAACCAAAUUUAUGCCACCUCUAAAACAGUUAAUCCAUUAGUCAUUAACAGAUGUGUAUUUUCUGUCCACAUCUGGACAGAUCAAAUGCUACAUUUGAUGUUUCCUGCUUUCAGCACAAAACCUCUUCCAAUUUAAUAAGGAGAACAGCAAGACUUAAACAAUGACUGCACGGCUCUGUGAAAUAAAACGCAAAUAAAUUGUGUUUUGUGAGGAAAGGGCUGAUGAAUGCUCGAGUAUGUCAGAGUAACAAUGCUAGUCACAAGAGAAACAGAUAUGAUAUUUAUCUAAAGGCUGCAUAAAAAAGUUUUCCAGUUACACUUUUUGUAAGAAUAAGUUAACAAUUAUUUUUGUUAAAUUGAAGGUAAACUGAAAAUACGAUAGCGUGCUUUUAAAUCCCUGUAGGGUGCUGGUUUGUUAAGUCUCCUAAGUGUUGCACUUAGACAACAUUUCUCUUGAUUCCCUCAUCCUCACUUGAUAAAUUGCAAUGUAAAUCGUCAUGAAUGAAUUGGAACAGGAGUCCUUGGAAUCGUUGCUUUGUGUUAUGAAAUUAUGCCAACAAUCUGCAUUUCAAACGUGACAUCAUCAUUCUUCAGCAUUUUUUGCUUGUUUGUUCCCAUAUCUUUUCACAUAAUUCUCAAUUUCAGACCUGGAAAUGAAUUCAAUCAGCAUGUGCUAUAAUCCUUAGCACAACUGAAGAGGAAAAAUGAUCAAAAUGAUGAUAAAUGCCUUUUAACUGCCGUGUUUAAUGUUUGGACUUCUGCAACCAUGCUAACAGGAUGAAUAGAUUCUUUCUAAAAUUAUUGUUUAAUUGUUUUCAUUCCAAUUCAUCUUGGGGUUUUGUGGUUUUUUUGGCACUUUUUGAAAGAGCACACGGGUGAAAACCUGUACCUGAACUGUAUAUACUGUAGAAAGAAAUGCAUGUAGGUCCUUUGAUACUAUUCACAUAAAAAAAAAACAAAAAAAAACAACAACCAAAAAACCCAAUUCUGAACCAAAUCCUCUUUCCUCUUGUAGGUAUCAUGGAUGUGAGAUGUAAAUAAAGUUUUGCUUUGAGGCUAUGAGAUCUUUGGAGUACAUGGAUACCUCAUGGAAUAUGCUAAAUAACACUUCUGUGCUGUGUUUGAGUAUGCUGUUGUCAUUGUAGGUGAACAUAUUUGAACUUACUGAUAAAUGAAGCUCCGUUUGAGUGAACUGUUGUGGUCUGAGACUAAUUGUAAAUGUUGGCUUGUUGGGUUUUGCAUGAUUCAGUGAGAUUCUUUAUUUCCUUUAUUUUGCUCUUAAGGAACUUAAAGUCACACACAAAUUAAGGAGAAAAACAUUUAGCACAUUUAUUGUGACGUCAGCGCCUGCUAAAAGAAGCAGGCACAGUUGGUUCAAGGUUAGGUUGAAAGAAACAGAAACCUGGAAACUCUUUGUAUCUUUUUUGCCUCCUGCAGCUAACGACCAAGAGCUGCAUUGCUGUCAAAUUCCAGUAUCAUGUAUUGUUUAAUAAAGGUAAAACUGCU